AUGUUUAUGUUUAAGAAAAAGAAUAUAGACAAAUCCAAAGCGCAAUCAAAUAAAAAACUAAAUCCAGGCUCAAAUGCAAAAAAUGGUUUAGAAAAAAAAUUAGAUAAAAAAACACCUAAAGGCUCUGAAAAUAGUUCAAAAGAUAAGAAAUUUUUUAAUAUUAAAAAAUUAAAAAUAUUUUCUAGAUUUAAAAAUAAAGAUGUAACAACAGGUAAUAAACAAAAUAAUAGUAUAAAUGGUAGCAAAUCAAAUAGCAAUACAAAUUCGACACUUAUUGAAGAAGAGUCUGUCCCCUAUAUAUUACACAGGGAUAGUUCAAUUUUCCAAGAAAGUCCAACUAAUAAAUCAAGCACAAACAGUGAGAAAUCAAAAAGUGCAAUUUUAAAAAUUACGAAACCAAGAAGUGGAGGUUUAAAAGGUGAGAAACCAAAAAAUGGAGGUUUAAAAAAUGCGAAACUAAAAAGUGAAGGCUUAAAAAGUGGAGAUUUAAAAAGUGAUAAAUCAAAAAGCGGAGAUUUAAAAAGUGAUAAAUCAAAAAGUGGAGAUUUAAAAAGUGAAGGCUUAAAAAGUGAGAAAUCAAAAAAUGAAGAAUUAAAAAAUGAGAAAUCAAAAAGUGGCGAUUUAAAAAGUGAAGCUUUAAAAAAUGAGAAAUCAAAAAGUGAUGGUAUAAAAAGUGGAAGCUUAAAAAAUGAUGGUUUAAAAAAUGAAAAAUCUGAAAGCAUUAUCUCAAAAGCAUCCCUGUCUUUAAAUUCAGACAAAGUGGCUUCUUCGGGAAAUGAAAAAAUAGAGACUCAGCCAAAGGACGAAAAUGGUAUAAUAUUAAAUUCGUUGGAUUCAAAAAAUUCAAAAAUAAAUAGCAAAGAAUUAAAUAAAAAUGACAAAAAAAAUUCUACAAUUAAGGAAAAAUUAACCUUAAAAAAAAUAUUUAAAUCACCAUUUAAUAAUACAAGUAAAAACUCCACAGAAUAUAAUGAUAUAAAUGAAAUAACAGAUUUAAAAGAAAAAUUUAAGCAUGCAAAAAGUAUAUUUGAUAAAAAAAUAGCCUCAAAAAAAUCUAUUAAUAGUUCAUCUAGUAAAAGCACAGAGGAUCAUAGUGAAAAUGGGAUACUUAAAAAAAUUGAAAUCUUUAAUUUUUUAAAUAAAAAAAAAAAUGAAAAAAAUAAGAAUUUUUUUAUGAAAAAAAAAGCAGGUCUUAAUAAAAACGAUCCAAAAUCUAUCAUAAAAAAAAAAAGUAGUAAUAAUACAAAUUUAUUAAAUAGAGAACCAAGCACAAACAGUAUACAACACUCAACAUCAACAACUAUGAUUUCUGGAAUAAAGGAAAAGAAAAAUAGCCUUAUAGAAAGAGCUAAUAAAAUUGAAAAUAAUCAAGUUAAAAUAUCUAGAGAUUUAAAUAAUACAAAUGAUGAUUUAUAUGUAGGAAACCGACAUACUAACCAUAUAGUAAACAAACAAAUAUUGUUCAACGUAGAUCCUCCUUUACUUUUUAUUGAGAAUUCAUUCGCUUUAUGCCCUGUGACGCCUAUUAGUGACGUAAUUGAAAUGAUAUAUUCUAUUUGUGAAAAAAAUAAAGAUGAAUCAAUUAAAAAGCUGAAUGACUGCAAAGAAAAUAAUCAAAAGAUAUCGAGUACUUUAAUGCUUUCCCUAGGCGCCUUGGAGGGAGAAGAUGAAUCAGUUAUUUCUAAUUUGAACAAACGGGGGGAAUUGCAAAAGCAAAAUUUAAAGGAGGCAUAUGAUAUUGUGGAAUCAAUAAGUUGA